AUGAAAAUACAAAAAGGGUUAUUUUUUCUCCAAAGAUCUAUUAAAAAUGUGUUGAGAAAAAUUAUAAAGUUUAUCAAAGGUUAUGUAAAAGAUAUAAUAAAAGAGAUAAAUGUAAAAUCAUUGAAAAAAUAUAAAUAUAAUUUAUUUUUUGAAUUUAUUGGUUCAUUCCUUUUUGUUUUUUUUAUAUCCAUAUAUAUGUUAAAUUCAAAUUCAAAUGAAGAAUAUAUAAUUAAACACACCAAACAAAUUAACCCAUAUAAAACUAAUGAUAUUUUAAUACCUGGUCAUAAUAAUUUCGAAGCAGAAAUUAAUAAUAUUAAAUAUAUGAAUAACUUAAAUCAAGAAAGAAAAAAUGUCGUAGCAAGCAUAUUAUUAGAAAAAUAUGAUAACGAAUAUAAAGGUAACAAUAAAAGUAAAAGGGAAGUGGAAAGGGACGAUGAUAAAAUAAGCAAUAAUUUACAAAAUGAAUUUGAAAAAGAUAAUGAAAAAAAAAAAAAUUAUGAUAAUAUAAAUGAAAAAGAAAUAAGCACUACAUCUGAUGGGAAAAUAAAAGAUAUGGAGGAUCCUAAAAAUAUAUCUAAUAAAAAUGAAAAUUAUGAUAAUACAAAUAUGGAAUUAAAAAAUGAGAAAAUAAAUAAUAAAGUAAAUGAUGAAAAAAAUAUUAAGAAUGAAGAUGAUAUAAAUAAUAAAGAGAAUAUGCUUAAAAGUGUAGAUAAAAUUAUUUUUAAAGAACCUGUAAAUGAAUAUAGUAAAAUAAAAAUAGAAGAUAUAAAUAAUAUCAAUUUAAAAGAUAUUGAUCAAUAUGAAGUAUUAAAAAAUUCAGAAAAUAAAAAAAGUAGUAAUCAUGCAAUAUAUUCCUUUGUAGGUUGUUUUAUAUAUGUAAUAUUUAUUUUGUUAGGUGCUCAUAUAAAUCCAGCUUAUACAUAUGCUUUAUGGUUAACAGAACCAAAAAAAUAUGGAUUUGCUCUUUCAACACUUUAUAUUACUUUUCAAUAUUUUGGUGGUAUCGUUGCCAGUAUUAUAUGUGCUCAUUUAUAUGGUAGUAUAUUUAUUUAUACUUUAUUACCAAAAAAAGAAAUUAUCAAAACCUUUCUUUGUGAAUUUAUAUCAACCUUUUUAAUAACUUUGUUAUUAUUAAGUUUAUAUAAUUAUAAAAAGAAAUUUAUGGAAGAAAAUAAAAAUGAUGAAUCAUUAACAUUUAAUAUAAACAAAUUAAGAAAUAUGAGUUCUUUAUAUAAUUUUAAUACAUAUGAAGAUUUCUAUUCAUAUGACAUGUUCAGUACAAAUCAGAAUAGAAAAUAUAAUUCUUUUCUAUAUAUUGAUAAUAAAUAUAUUAAAUAUAUAAUGAACCAUAUAUUUUACUUAUUAUUUAUAUUCUUUUCUUUAUUAUUUUUUGUUUUUGUAACAAAUACAACAUUGAAUCCAAUGUUUUCAACAUCUACAUUAUAUACAUAUUUAUAUUAUAAAAUUUUCAAAGCAUCUAAUUCGUUUAAAAUUUAUUCCAUAUUUAUAUCAUUUUUAAGUAUUACAAAAAUAUUUCAACUACUAAUCUUUUAUAUUCAGUCGUUACCAUUAUGGAUAGGGCCUUAUUUUGGAUCAGCAUUUGCCGCAACUUUCCUUUCGCUUUUUAAAGAAAACGAAGAAGAAAUUAUCAACAUCAUUGAUACAAAUGUAUAUUCAUCGUAUAAUAAAAAGAAAGAACAAAUACCGUUAAUAGAUAAAAACAGCGCAAAGCAAAAUGCUUAUCUGAUUGAAUACAAUGAUAAUAUACAUAAUAAUUCAUAUAAUUAUUUACUACCCAGCGUUUUUUAA